AUGGGCAACGGAAAGUGGAGAAUGUUUACACGGCUCUGGAUAUUUGUAAUUGUGUUGCUAAACGCACUGGCGGCGCUCGGUAGAGCUCCGGACGCGAGCUCGCACAUUGCCACUACCUGUGAAGAAUUCGAACGAGAUGCUCAAUUCAAACCUCAUAAAAUAGUUGAUUCUAUGUGGAAAAUUAUCUACUUUUGGUCUGACACAACAGAAGUCGGCCCUAUUAUAUUCUCUUUAAUCGAAGAAAAGAGACUUAACAGAUUCAAAGCUGUAAUAGAUGCCUUAUACCCCGACUUAGGUGUCGAAUGGCACAAAGCGACGGCGAUGAUGGAGCCGCGGCCGGGGGUUCAAGUACUACUUCUUUGCGGUGGCACGCCGGGUGCAUUUCGAGCCAUCAUUAAAAUGGAACAACGUGAUAAAGAGAGACCGAAUCCGGAACCGCUUAUAAAAAUGGCCGACGUGAGAAUGAAGCUGAAAGGACGGUAUAUUGGAAUGAUGUGCUGUGAAGAUCUCACUGCUUUUGUAUUAGUUAGAACCAGUGAAGUACCGACUACAGAAAAAGAAUGUGUUGAAGCUGCUACAUCCCUCGGCCUCAAGGGUCCAGGAGGCAGAUCAUAUAUUUACAUAAAAAAUGUAACCCGUAAUGAACUU